AACUUUGCGGCAGGUGAAAGGUUUUGGUCGCUAGGUGGAAGUUGUUAUACUACUUCUAUAUUGCAACGUUACCAACAUGGCAUUUUUAAAAAAUCAUUAAUUUCCCUGUAUUCUGCUAAAAUUGUGCUAGUGAAGGUGGGUUUUGAAGUCUGGUUUUGAGCAGACUCCUAGAAAUUUGAAAUUGACCUGGCAAGCCUGUCCCUGCCUGAGCGUGAUCACCACUGAAGUAGCUGUGCAGCACGUGUUUUAAGGAAGAGGAGGAUGGUUGCAGAUGUUUGCAUUCAUGCAAGAAGGUAAGCUAUUAACUAAACUGUUAACCAAUAUUUUAGCUAAAAUUGUAUUUGGUGUAUUGACAAGCAAUGCAUGUUCUCGUUGUCUUUAUUUUUAAUGAAUUAAUGUCAGUCAUGUAUGUCUUUCGGUGGAAUCCAACAUGCAUUGACAUGUCUGAAAGCCGCAUUGUGUCAGAUAUACUGCGUCAUGACAGAUUGAAAUUGGCAGGUUUAUCCAAACAAUUCAUUAAUGCGCAAUUGUUACUUUGCAUGUUUCUACCUUAUAGUUAUUUGUGGCUUGCUAACGGUUAGUGUGCUAGCUAACUGUUAGCGUGCUAGCUAACGGUUAGCGUGCUAGCUAACGGUUAGCAUGCUACCCAUGCUAGUUAAAAAAUAAUAAUAUGCUAGCUAUGGUUGCAAGCUAGCUAAUAAGUUUAGCAUAAUUGGUAAACGUGUCUUUGAUUCAGAAUACAUGAUUGUGGUUAACAAUGUUACAUGCAUUGGAAAAUAAUAUUGCUAUAGUGUAACAAGCUAGCAAGAAAAGCCAGUUCCUUUUCAUCUAUUUUGUCAAGUUAUAAGCCUGUAUGUGUGUUAAAAUAUUUAAACCCCCUCAUUAAAUUCAUGUAUUGAAGUUGCGCCCGUUUUUUAUAGCCCUUUCUUACCCAAAUACCGUUUUUUACAUUGAAAUAAUUCAGAUGAAAAUAAGAAAUAUGUUAAACUAAUUAAGAAAUAAGUGACCAGAUUUUUUUUAUUGAAAACCAUGGACAUUAGUUUGGGUGGGGGGAGGGGCGUGGUGCGGUUCCUAGUUCUUUUUUUUUUUGCACAUAAAAGAGUGAAACACCACAACAAGAAUAAGGGUUGUGGAAAGUGUCAAUUUUGGUAGGACUGUGACAAUUCACUGUCUUGAAAAAUACAUACAUACAAUACAUACAUAUAUUGGCAGAUUCUUUAACCAAAUCCCUAUUUCUUACACAGAUUUUUUAAGAUCUAAAACAUAAUGGAAGAUAAGAGUCCAGGAACCUACAAAGUAACCAAUGCGGCACUGCAGAGGCUAAGAAGGCGCAUGUAAAAUCUAAAGAAGCAUAGUUCAACUUGUGAGGCCAGAUUUGAAAAGGAAAAGAUAAAUCCCGAAGCGCAGAUGUCAGACACCGAGGCUGCCAGUACCUCUGAGGCUGCCAGUACCUCUGAGGCUGCCAGUACCUCUGAGGCUGCCAGUACUUCUGGGUCGAUAGUCAAUGUGUUGGAUGAUGCACCACCGUUGAUCAGAACAGACAGUAUAUACUUGACCAAAGCUAUGCUUGGAUACAAGACUGAUGACUCAAUAACCAGCAUUGGCAACAGUGUAGAUGGUUAUGUCCCAGGAUCAUCAGAGGAAGGCAAUUUUUAUGAAGAAAAUCUGACAGGAGAGAUGUCAGUGAUUCGGGCCAAAAAGCCAAUGACCAAGGGAAAGCUGGGGCAAAAGAGAGACUCACACGGAGAGAUGUCAGCGAUUCGGGCCAAACAGCCAAUGACCAAGGGAAAGCUGGGACAAAGGAGAGGCUCACACAGUGCCAAAGGAACAAAAAGGUUUUGGUCGACAAUAGAGGUGGAUGCAGUUGAAGAUUCCUUGAUGAAUUUUAUCCGAAUGGGAAAAAGGCCUGGAAAACAAGACUGUGAGAAAUGCAUUGCUGCUUCUCCCCAAGCGCUAGUAAACAGGGACUGGAGAGCAGUAAAGUUCUAUGUACACAACAAAAUAGUUGCAGAUCAGAGAUAAUAAGUGUAUAAGAUGCUUCUAUCUUGGUGUACCUCUGAGGAUUUAAUGGGACUUACUUGACUUAAGCUCAUAGGCAGUUGAUGAAUGUCCUCCAUCUCACUCUGUUUGGGGGAAGUUUUCCCAGGUGGGUUGUUCACUUUUGGAGUGACUAAGGUCUCAAGAAUACAAAGCCUGCUGACUUUGAAUGUUACAGAAAAAUAAAAUACAUUUUUCUAAACUA